GAUUUGCAUGGUCUAGAGAUAAUUGCUAUUGUUUUAGUAUUGCAUCGUUAAAAUUCUACAUUUUUAUCAAUUAAUUUGUGAAAAUCGUAAAUUGUGACCAACAAUUUGAGAGAGUUUUUUUCAUUCGAAGAGACAAUGACGUCAACCGGAAAAAAAUUGGAAUCUGAUUAUUCUACAUCGGAUUCGUCUGAUUCUGAGUUUACCGAUAGACAAACACGCCACAAAGGUCAUCGUGCUUCAAUAGCUCAUUUGGUGACAAAACGCAGUCGCAGAGCCAUCAAUAGACCACUCAAGUAUCUGUUUGACGAUUCCGAAGAUGAAAAGGUCACCAAGAAGAAGAUUGGAAAUUGUUCCGAAUCAAAGCGUGCGUCCAAAAAGCCGCGUGAAGAAAAUGCCAAAAUUAUGGGCGCAACCAAAGCCAGCGGUAAUCUUGAAUUUUUGUUCAAAUUCAAGAACCAAAGUACAUUGAAACUCAUUCCAUCGGACGAAGCCAAUGUGCAGUAUCCAAUUACUGUCAUGAAUUUCUAUGAACGGCACAUAGUAUGGAAGGACACACCAGACAAUGGUGACAACGACGGUGCACCAAAUGACAAUGGCAUCAUUGACGACAACAAGGAUGUUCCACAAAACAAUGGUAACGGCUGGAUAUCUGCAUUAUUUGUUUGAAUUUAAAUGCCAAACAGACGAAAAAAUUGUUAUUUUUUAUUGACCGAGCUUAACUCGGUACAAUGUUUUAUACACUGUUUUGAAUUGUAUGUAAGAUCGGACGGUAUUUUUAUAUACGAUUUCCGUUUUUUACUUUUUAAAUUUGAAUGGUUUUAUACAACAAUCAUGCAUGAACGUACUAUUGAAUUUUGACAUUUUAAAUGAAAAACAAUGACAUCAAAAUAUUGCACGACACAUGAUAAUGAAAUUAAUAACGUUGCGUAUAACUUAGUGAAUAGUGAAUACAUGACGGAACAUAAUUUUUCCAAAAUGAACAAUUGUACAUUAAUAACAUUUUUAUGUUAUUUUUUUU